AUGAAACUUCUCGGAUUCUCCGUCGCCAUGGUCGUCAUUCCUAUCGGAAUGUACUUUGUUACAGUGGACUUUGGAGCAAGCGCCACAGUCGGCGGUAUCGUGGCUGCCAUCAUGGCGAACGUAGUUCUCUUCGCGUACAUCUAUGUUGCGUGGAAGGAUGAUCAGGCGGAGAGGGAAGCUGACGCUAAGUACAAGGAGAAAAAAGCACAGUGA